AUGCCCCUACCCUUUGAGGAGUUUCAAGGGAAGGGGGUGCUAGAUUUCACUUCUGUUUCUUCUUCUUCUGCUGCUGCUGCUGCUUCAGAUUCAUUUCUUUCAUCGCCGCCGCAAAAGUGGAUUCACCGCCACCACAACAGCAAAGAGAAUUGCUAUGUGGGCAGCACUGAGCCCACCUCUGUUCUCGACACCAGAAGAAGCCCAAGCCCGCCCACAUCCUCCUCAACACUGUCUUCCUCCCACGGCAGCGGAGCUAGUGGUGGCUCGACAGACACAACCACUGCGGCGGGGGUCGAAAACCCAUCUCAAACACCCUUAGAGGAACAAAAAUGCGGCCCGUCGCUCGGCAUGGAGGACUGGGAGAGCGUUCUGUCUGAGUCCCCGGGUCAAGAGCAGUCCAUCCUGAGGUUGAUUAUGAGUGACAUCGAAGACCCCUCUCUCGGAUUAAACACGCUGCUGCAGAGUUCAAGCGGCUCUGAUCAUCACCACCAAAAUUUGGAAUUCGGCUGCGGAGGGUUUCAGGAUGUGGUGGAUCAAGGCGGAGGAUACGGCGGCGGCUUCGAACCCGAUGAUCAUUCUGGGGGUUUGGUUAGCCCCUCUCUGCACGCAAGUUCUGGUCCUGAUUUUAAUUUCAGUAAUAAUGCCUCAAAUGUUGAGACUCAGAGCAGCAAUGUGAGACCAAACCCUACAAUGUUCUCUGCUUCAAUGAGUAAUCCUUUUCCGGUUUCGCUGUCUUCCGGCAUGUUUCAGCGGCAACAGAACAUGGGUCUGGAAGAGAAGCCUCAGAUUUUCAAUCCCCAGAUGGUAAUUAACCAAAACCAAGCUCAGUCUACACAGAACCCAGCUAUGUUUAUGCCUUUAACAUAUGCCCAAUCGCAAGAGCACCACCUUCUCUCACCACCUCCGGGAUCCUCCGUUCCAGAAACUGAAUGCAAAGAGCUCAACUUUGAGAGCUUAAACAACACAAGUGGAGUACUAGAAGCCGUUUCACUGUUCCCAGAUUUCAAAGAUGGCUCUUCGGACAGUGACUCAAGCGCGAUCUUGAACGAAGAUAACAGUCCAAACUUGACUGUGUCUUCAUCUGGGAUUCUUCAAAACCACCAGCUCAUCAAGUCUCCGGCUUCCACUUCACUCAAAUUCAACUGUUGUUCGUCGUCCUUCAGCCGUCAUGGUUUGCUUGGAAAUGUGGUCGUUUGA